AACAGCUUCCUUAGAGAGAUCUUUUCAAAACUGUUCCUUGAACUGCCGCCGCCGGGACAGUGGUUGCGCCGCCGGCGGACCAGCCGCGGCCCUCGGCCGGCCUCCCUCCAUCUCCCACCCUCCGCCGCCGCCGCCGCCGGCGAACACCUAUCCUGCAGCAGGGGAUGCCACUCUGGAACUCAAUUCCCAAAUCUCCAUGCCUUAUCAUUGGGAACAAUGCCUUGAUUUGGAGACAGGGGAAGUAUAUUACAUAAACUGGAGAACGGGAAAGAGAGUGAAAGAGGACCCAAGAAUCACAGGAGAAGAAGAAGAAGAAGAAGAAGAAGAAGAUUAUGAAGAAGACGAUGACGACGAAGAUGACGUGAGCGACGGGGAGAGUGGGUCCUCGUCGUCGUCAUCGGAGGAGUCAGCGAUUUUAAAGGAUGCCCACCGUCUGGGGCGGCCGGAAAACUCGACGGCGGCGGUUCUGGUGGUGGCGGGUUGCCAGAGUUGCUUGAUGUAUUUCAUGGUGCCCAAAGAGGUGAAAUCCUGCCCGAAAUGUUUCGGUUAAUCUAUUCCUUAUCUGAAUUCAAGAAAAGUCGCCGCUGUGAGGGCCGCACCGGAGUGAGUCGCGCAGCAGGGGAGAGAGUCGCGGCCUUGGGGUUGCCUCGCUGCCGUCGUCGCGCAGCCUUGGUCUCCCGCCGACCACCGCAGUCGCUGGGUAGGGCUUCGCGAGCAGCAGGCCGCGCCGCCCAGAUCUACGCCGCCUGUUCGAGAAGGGGGAGAGCUGUGCAGUCAUUUGAGAUGACAGAAGAUGGGAAGUUCCGAAUUGAAAAGUUUGAUGGUACAGAUUUCAGUUGGUGGAAGAUGCAAAUUGAAGAUUUGCUGGUUCAGAAAGAUUUAGACGUGGUAUUGGGUGACAAGCCAGAAAAGAUGUCGGAUGCAGAUUGGGCAGGUUUGGAUCGGAAAGCAAUGUCCGUGAUCCGUCUCUCGUUGACCAAGAAUGUUGCGUUCAACAUUCUGAAGGAGAAGACAGCGAAGGGAAUUAUGGAAGCGCUGUCUAAUAUGUACGAGAAGCCAUCUGCAGCUAACAAAGUUUUUUUGAUUAGAGAGCUGAAGACCUUCUGGCGUCUUUUGUCUGCGCCGCGCAGACGCGCGCAGAUGAUGGGCUCUGCAGAUUGUUUGUUUUUUGGAAGACAUUUCACUCAAAAAGGUCUUCCUGGCAUCUUCUUGGAGAAGACAUUAACCAAUACAGAAAUCGUCGUCUCCGCGUGGAGUCUGAGGUCUGCUGUCCAAAUCGUCGUUGAACCUCCGCUGUCGCGCCGUCCGCUCGUCGUCUCCGCCCGCCACCAUCAAUCGCCGGUCCUCCUUGCUGUCCAGUCAUCGUCAAGUCUUCAUUCCAGAAACAUGCCACUUGGGGCCCUCGCAUUGAUGAUAGCAUUAUGUUUCGUGUUUGGCGAUCGAAGGCUAGAAGACGAUACACCGACUGGCUCUCAUCUAUUAGGAAUGAGAAGAAAGGAACAGAGAAGGUGCGGCCACUUGUACCGCAAUCGUGGAAGGAGUAUUGGAAGUCACCAAAGUUCUUGGCAUCCUCCAAGCAAAACAAGAAAAAUCGGCGUGGCGGUGACGAGAAUGCCCCUGCUAGCGCCACGCACACCGGUGGUCCAUUGUCUUUUCGCGAGACUCAAGCGCGCCUUGGUAAAAGUGGAAAGGCUUCUGACUUGUACUCUUCGUACACACACACAUACGAAGAAACAUGAUGGGAAGACCUACAUCAAUAAGAAGGCAGAAGAAGUAUCACAAAACUACGUAGCCAUGCAGGAGGCAGUUCGUGAAGAAGGCUUAAAUGUGACACCUGACGAGAUGUUUCUAUCUACAGUCGGAGGACAUGAUGCCAAGAAUCGUGUUCAUGGUGUUGGAGAUCUCGCACGGAGCCUACCACGAAUGCAUGCAAGUGAGGCAAGGCGUGCUAGCACCAGCUCUAUGUGGGACCCUCGAGAUGAUGAGAUCCGGAGGUUGAGAGAAGAGCUAGAUGAAAUUAGAACUUCCUAAGCGCGUGAAUUGUUGUCGAUUAGAGAAUAGAUGACCCGACUUUAUGGAGGAGUUUUCCCACGUGGAAAUAGAGAUGGCGGUGGAGAUGGAGGAGGGGCGGGGUUUGCAGAGGCUUGUUGAGUGUUUUAUUAGAAUUGAAGAACAAUAUAUUAAACUUAAGUUUUAUGG